ACAAGAAAGAGGGGAGACCGAGUACAAGCAUACUCUUACAACCAACUCUUGCCCAACAAACCACUGGGAGGACACAGCCUUCUCAGGCUACGGACUCAAGGAGCGAGGUGGGAAGGGUCUGCAGAGGGAUUCUGGAGCACCCCCGGCCAGGCAUAUCGUAGGAGACUGCCAACAUUUCAAACAUUUCCUUGAUGUAGGAUGAUCACAAUUGAAAGGAAUGUGAAUUUUAUCCAGCCGUCGGGAAGAAAAAGGCACUUGGGUCUGUGAAGAAGUAUUUGGAACAAGGAAAUCCUGGAAUUGAAAGAGAAACUGAACAAUUGGGAAAGGCAAGAACCAGAUGGUUUACUACAACACUGUAUUUCCUAUAGAGAUAGCUAUCAACGAUGCACAAAGCUCCUAUGUUUCUUUGAUUAACAUACCGUAGGUGGAGGCCAAAGACGACGGAUAAUGAAUCUUAUGGCAAGAGCUCUCUAUGAUAAUGUCCCCGAAUGUGCAGAAGAGUUGGCCUUCCGCAAGGGAGACAUUUUGACCGUGAUAGAACAGAACACUGAAGGCCUUGAAGGAUGGUGGCUGUGCUCCCUACAUGGCCGGCAAGGCAUUGUUCCAGGCAACCGCGUGAAGCUUUUGAUAGGUCCAGUAGUACAGGACGGUCCUUCCAGCCAGGAUAUGUCCAAUUCAGGACUGACACAUCAAUCCUUCAACCAACAGAAGAUCUAUCAAGUGCCAAGCUCACAUGCCUCAGCACGGGACCCUGUCUACCAGGUGCCUCCCUCCCAUACGAAUCAGGGAAUUUACCAAAUACCCACUGGUCACGGUGUAGCAGGGCAAGAUAUCUACCAAGUGCCACCUUCCACACAGAGAUGCCUUGACGGUCCACCUCUGACUAACAAGGUAGUAACUCCAGUCAGGUCAGGACAAGGUUACGUUUAUGAAUUCCCUUCCAAAUACCAGAAGGAUACCUACGAUAUCCCUCCUGUUCGCCCUCUCCAAGGGAUAUAUGACAUCCCCCCCACAUCAGCAAAGGGGACUGCACACUCAGUUCCCACUGGAGAUGCAAAAGCUUUAGGAGUCUACGAUGUACCACCUGCCAAAGGAAUGUAUGCUACACCCCCGUCUACAUGCCGAGAUGAUGUAGGCCUGAGGGAUAAUUUGCAGGAUUUUUCAUCUCCAGCGGGGCACAAUGCAAGACAAGAAGGAGUGUAUGAUAUUCCUCCUCCUAUCACCAAAGCAACUGGGAAAGAACUGAUUAAGAAAUUCUCUUCUGAGGGGCUUGCAUUGACUGAUGGAGCGCCACACAAACAGAGCGUUUAUGACAUCCCUGUAAACCAUCAAAACCAUUUUCUUGGACAGCAAAUUGCACCUCAGAAAGAUGUUUAUGAUACCCCGAGGGGAAUUGCUUUCCCAGGACAACAGACAGGACUCAAUGAAAGUCUAGCCUCAGAGGGAAGAGAAGGUGUAUAUGAUGUGCCACCACCAGUGCUCCAAGACACUAAAGGCUUGCAGGAUGUGACUGAUGGGAUGAAUAGGUUGUCUUUCUCUAGCACAGGAAGCACAAGGAGUAACAUGUCCACAUCUUCAACAACAUCAAAGGACUCUUCUUUCUCAGCAUCAACUACACAGGACAAAAGACUAAUCCUUGAUCCAGACACUGCUAUAGAGAGGCUUUAUCGUCUUCAGCAGAUGGUGGAGACAGCAGUCAAUAACCUCAUGGCCUUCGCUACAGCAGACUGGCGGUCUUACAGCUAUAUGGAGAAACACAUCAAUGAAAUUCACACUGCCGUGGAUAAGGUAGAGCAGUCACUGCUGGAGUACCUUCAGUUUGCAAAAGGAUCAGCAGCCAAUGCUUCCUUUCUCUCUGAGAUCAGCCUCCAUAACAAAAUGAGGAGGGAGGUGCAAAGGCUGGAGGACUCUCACCAGAUCCUUACCCAGACCAGCCACGACCUGAACAGCUACAACUGGUCUUUGAAUGUGCUCGCUGUCAACAGACUGCAGAACAAGUGUGAUGACCUGGAUCGGUUUGUUAUGGUGGCAAAGACAGUCCCAGACGAUGCCAAGCAACUGACCACCACCAUCAGCGUCAAUGCAGAGCUUCUGUUCAAACAGGUGUCAGGCAGCUCACGUUUCAGGAGUGUCCCAGAGAAUAUGAAUGCUCCUGACUAUGCAUAUAACAGUCCUCAUAUGCAGCGUCAUGGAGAGAAACCACAGAAUCACUUUAGUUCUCUUCCUCCUCUCCUGAGUAAAGGUCAGCAACCUCACAGUACUGCUAGCGAGAGCUCAGAAAAGAGCUGGAUGGAUGACUACGAUUACGUUCACCUGCAGGGGAAAGAAGAGUUUGAAAGGCAACAGAAGGAGCUACUAGAAAAAGAAAAUAUCAUCAAGCAGAGCAAAACGGAGCUAGAACACCAUCAGAUCAAUCAGUUCCAGCGGCUGGAGCAGGAGAUCACAAAGCCUGUGGAGAACGACAUUUCAAAAUGGAAGCCACCUCAGGCCCUCCAGACUGCCAACAGCACUAUCGCCUUCCAUGACAGACAACCGCUUUUGUUCUAUUCUGACCAAUACGAGACUCAUUUCAAUUCCCUCCUGAACACCAUUGAUGCCUUUUUCAGUUGCGUCAGCGCUUCGCAGCCCCCCCGGAUCUUCGUUGCUCACAGCAAACUUGUCAUUUUGAGCGCCCACAAACUGGUGUUCAUCGGGGACACGCUCACGAGGCAACUGACAUCUCAGGACAUACGCAACAGGGUGCGCAACUCCAGCGACCAGCUGUGCGAACUGCUGAAGAGCAUCGUGAUGGCUACCAAGAUGGCGGCCUUGCACUACCCACACACAGCAGCGCUGCAGGAGAUGGUGAACCGAGUGACAGAGCUGUCCUACCACGCACAGCUGUUCAAACUCUCGCUCGUCCAGAUGGCGUCCUUAUGAAACAAAGCUGAACCCGACCCGUGAACGGCGAAAUAUCAAAGAAACUGGAGCGUUUUUAUGUAAACAUCACCAUUUACGUUGUGUAGAUAUUUUAUAUGGAAUGCAUUAAAUACAUUCUUACGAGUUAGAGCAUCAAAUGAAAUCAGGGAUCUGGGAAAAUAUCUGGCUCUGUAUUAUGUUCCUACUAUACAGUUAUGUAUACCCUCCAUAUAUGUAUAUGUUGCUACACUCUUUAAAACAUCAUUAAGCACCUUAAAAAGUAUGCGUCGGGUAAGCAGUGCAUAUCUUUUGUAUAUACUGCUAUUUCUUCAGUAUAUUUAACUGGAUGCUGCACUCAUCUUGAUUCAUUCCAUCUUAAUUUUGGCACAUGGACUCGGUUGUGAAACCUGCUUGUAGCAAUCCAUGAAUCAUAAUGGUUCUCAUAGAACCCCUUUCCCUUGUUAGAAAUUACUAGGUUAAUUUCAUUAACUCUUCUUGCUGUUAUUUUGUUAUAUAUAGAGGAUACAAUCAUUGAGUAGUAUACAUGUACAGCUGCAACAAGCAACAGUCAAAGCGUAUAGUAUUUGGGAGAAAAGCAUUUUAAGGCCAUACAAGGCCAUGUAAGAAGCAGAACCUUCUACGAAGGAAGGAAUUGUAUAUUUUUGUUAUUUGAUGGCAUUUAAACUUCGCUGUUUCUAAUAAUCGUACAAGAUAAGUUUUCAAAAGGGUCUUAGCAACAUGAAUUUACAUGUUUACCUUGUAUAUCCUUGCAUCGGCAAUUAAAUGUAACCCUCGUGCUCACUGUGGACUCUGUUAUCCUGAGAAAACUCACUGGGCUCACCUGUGAGGUGGCAGGUGAGCAACAUCUCAAAAUACCAAUCCCUCCAAAAGCAUUAGGGUAAGCAUUGUCAUUCAUAUGGGAAGAAGAUAACUGAAUUUGAAAUACUAGAUAAUUAAACAUCUCUAUAGAGCAUACCCAGGUUAAUGAAGGAAAAAAAAAAAGGGCUGUUUCUAAGACAUUCUUGGUAAUUAAUUGCAUCCACUGCGAUUUUGUCUUCUAUUCAAGCACCAGGCUUUUUCCCCCCAAAGUUUGUUCCAGACCUACUGAUCCUUCUGCACUACAGUGUUGCCAGAAAUUACCUCCUGUCUUAACGAGGCCACUCCAUCAGUAGGGUACACAAUCCUAACCUAUAAUUUUUAACUUGGACCCCUAAAAAAAAACUAUUCGGAGUUGCAGGCUCCUUCAGAAAUUCCAUACAUGCUGGCUGCUCCAAAACAUGCAUCGGACUAUUUUUCUUGCUUUCCUUUUUAAAUCUCCUAAAAUUCAGUCCUGGAACACCAGCUGUCCUUGGUGCUCAAACUAGAAGAAGCCACUCUUCCAAGCAGGUAAUCGGAACAGAGUACCUUAGAUCAGUGCCAGGUGAUUCUGGCACUUAGGAAGGAGAAACACUACUGUCUUCUGGUAGGUCAGGGUAGUCCUGCAUUGAUGCAUUCGGACUGCACAAGAGCACCAACUGAACAGGCACUUCUGCCUAAUUUUGCAUGCUUCCUAGUUUGCAUCUAACCACGUGCCUUACUGCAGUGGUAUUUGUUGCCUUGAAACAAAACCAUUCCAGCAGCGUGUGAUAUUUUACUGCCUUAAUAUAUUGCCUCAGAGAGAAGACUGCUCUUAGCUGCCAUCCCAUCGCUUCCCAAGUCUCCAGAAGGUCCCCAGGAAGGCCUGGAGAUAGGAGGUAGUACAACGGCAGCAGCACCAAAGUCAGCCCCAGUGGCACACACUGGCUGUCUUAUUGUAACCAACAGCCAGUUGCCAAAAACCAUCUGCCUGAACCUGCUUCGUACUUUUGCUGUUUGGGAUCGCUUUGGUUUUCCUUGUUCAUUUCUUUGUUGUAUAUUUCUUAGAGAGUGAAAAGGCGUUUUGAAGCUUACCUGUUAUGUCGGUAGUUUGUGCUUUCAAAAGGAGAACAUUAAUCAUAAACCUGUAGUACAGUUUGUUAUUUCGUAGAGUCAUUUUAAGAUCAUUACAUGUCUAGGUUGUUGUUUGUUUUUUGUUGUUUUUUUUUAAUAAAAAAGCCAACAUUUGGUCUUA